UCUGUUUUUUCAGUGGGAGUGAGACCUCUCACUGUGUGUAAGAUCUCUGCCGUGAAGCGGAAGCGGAAGUUGCGUUUUGUUGUCAGCAACAGUUGCUGGAUUCGUCGCUCUGUCGGUUUUUUAGAGUUUUUAUCUUUUUGUUUAAUUAUAACGGGACGUUUUAACGUUAGUGACGUCACUCUCCCGCCGUCUCUCCGGUGUUUUAGCGGGUUUUUACCGGCCGGCGGCUCCUCGGUACCCGGAUGAUCCUGAGCGGGAACUUUGAAACGGCUCGCGCAGGUUAGCACGCGGCUAACAGUUAGCUGAGCAUCAAUCAAUAACGCCACUAAAGCCGAUCACAGAUCGAUCGGAGCUUCGAUCAGGAUGCUCUCCGCCGACAGCAGCCCGGAGCCGAUCUCCACCGGGGCCGUGCUGGUCCGGGCCACCCGGGGACCAGGACCAGGACCAGGACCAGGACCAAGGGCUAGGUCCGUCCUCAUCAGGGUCCAGAAGCUGUGGGAGCCUCCUCCUCCUCCUCCUCCCGGACCUCCUCCUCUCGGACCUCCUCCUCCGGUGGAGCAGCAGCGGAGCUCCGGGCCUCAGCGGCGGCAGCAGCAGCGUCACAAGCCGGAGGACGGAGCUCCUCGGCGGGCAGCGGGACUCCGUCAGUCCGAUGGACUGAAGAAACCUGGACGGACCGAAGAGAACGGAGAGCCCCGAGGACGAAGUCCAGCAGCAGCAGAGUCCAGUCCAGACAGGAAGCUCUUUGAGGGGACACACAGAGACCUGCAGCCCAGUGAGACAAUCAAUCAAUCAAUCAAUAAUCCAUAA